AGUUAAUGGGCAGACACGAUAGAUCUAUUGUCAGUUAUGCUGGAAUAACGAUCAAUAAAUAGACAGAUUGAUAUAAUUAACCAUAAGUGGCUUUAGAAGUGAAAAUUAAGAGUUGUAAAUUACACGGUACUCAACGGAACAAAGAUAGAAGUUUGAUGAUAAGGUUAAAAUUGCUAUUGAAUAGUGAGAAUAAAGGUGGUAGUUGAGUGUCAAUUUAACAAGUGUGAAGAGGGUGUGAAAAUGUACACAAAAGGAGCAUAUGAAACUGAUAAUAGUGAAUUAUUUAUUAAAACAAAAGCAAACUAAAUGUAAAAUUACAAAUUAAGAACAAAACAGAAAAUCAAAAAUUGUUUACAAGGAACGAUUAGUGAAGAGGUUAGGGCCAAGGUAGAAUAAGAGACUGAACAAACCUUUCCUGUAUACAAUUCAUCAAUACAACCCUGAACUCUUCAUAUUUAUGUACUAAAAAUGUCCAAUUCCAAUUCAACGGGCGUCUGUUCCGUCAAGUUGAUGGUGUCGCAAUGGGAAGCCCUCUGGGACCACUUUUCGCCGACUUAUUCUUAUCACGCCUAGAAACCUGUACUUUGCAGCAACAUAUACAAGAAACAGAUGCAUACCUAAGAUAUGUUGAUGACAUUUUUAUUGUCUGCGAAAGCAGAUCAAAGGCGGAAGACCUGUUGAUAAAAUUCAAUUCAUGCCAUCCAAAUCUCAAUUUCACAGUAGAACACGAGGAAAACGGUACUAUUAAAUUUCUAGACGUUCUUAUGACCAAAAUGAAUAAUGGCACAAUCGAAAGAUCUAUAUUUAGAAAGUCUUCAUGGACAAGACAGUACAUGCAUUUCAAGAGCUUUGUCCCAAUCCAGUACAAAAAGUACCUAGUCAGAACACUCUUCAAUAGAGCACGAAAAAUUUGUUCUGACAGUACUAUUGAACAUGAAAUAAAAUCUCUGAAGGAUAUUUUAUGUAAGAAUGGAUAUCCUGAGAAGUUCAAAGAAACUACCCCUUGCAAAACAAUUCAGACGGUUCCAAAGAAACCUGUCUAUAUCAAUUUGCCAUUCAAAGGAGAUGACGUACAUGGAGAAGUGAAACGAAGACUCGACAAAGCCAUCAAGAGAACUUAUUAUGCUGCAAAACUUGUUAUCCUUUACACCACCAAGCGAGUGCUUCAACAAUCUGGGAAAGACCAGUCACCAAUUCUCGACACUUCAAACUGCAUAUAUCAAUUUGAGUGUGUUUGUGGCAGCAAAUACAUAGGUCGUACAGAAAGGCGAUUAUCUACUCGAACGAUGGAGCAUUCGCCAAAAUGGUUGAAAAUAGCUGAGUGCAAAGUCCCAAAAUCCUCAAUAACAAAACCCCUUGUAGAUUACGGACAUGAUAUCGACGCCGUCAAGUCAUUCACCAUCGUCAGCAAACAAACAAACAAGAAGAUGCUUGCAAUUGCAGAGGCUUGUGCAAUUCGAAUUUACAAACCAGCUCUCUGUAUACAAAAGGAGAUGGUCUUCACUCUGAAUCUACCAAGGUAAUACGCUUUACUUAUUAUUCUCUACUUGUUACUACUAUUUUUCUACCUCUUCUUCUUACCAUUAUUGUUAUUAUUAUUAUCAUGAUUUUUAUUCUUGAUUCAUUUAAAUCUGUGCUUUAUCCGUAAGAUUAUCUUAACUCACUUCAACACUAUUAUUAUUAUUGUUAUUAAAACUAUUACUAUCGAUAUUAGUCUGUUUGCAAUUCUCGUUAUAUUCCCUAAUGACUAAUUGUUUAUCUAAGUGAUGUAAUUGAAGCGUAAUGCAAUUUAUCUUAAUUUUGAUCUCUCAUACUCUCUCUCUCCCCUUAUCUAUUUGAACAUGACCUGGAAAACAUUCGAACGUGUCUUUCUGCAUGACUAAUUCAAUGUAGAUUAUUUACUUAUCAGUCGUAUAUCUCCCUAUGCAAUUUCAAAAGUAUGCAUAUAUCCGUGUAUGUCGAGUAUUCAGCUGACGAGUUCUACCGAAAUUUGAUGAAUCCAUCAUUAAAUCCUGCUUUAUUAACCUCUAUUACUUGUUUGGAAUUCGAAUCGCGAAAUAAAUGAUUUCGAUUCGAAAAGCAAUAAGUUGGCAGAACAAGCAUCCAGAGAUGAGAGGACUCCAAGUUAACAUAGAGGUGAUGAAGAUUCCUGGCCUACACCAACAUCAUCAACAACAGACAACAGACAAAAAUCAGCCAGCAUCAAUGGGAGGAACCUGAAAGAAACAACCUCGUUUACGCCCGUACCUGCGUAGUAUCGUUUUAACUACAGGUGGAAGUGACGAGGAUAUCAAACCAGCGACGAUCGAGAAAGCUUUCAUUAUACUCAAGUCUGUGUGGAGGUCAACAGCACUACUCAGCCUGAAAAUGAAAAUAAGAUCCGGAAUUUCAACUCCAAUAUGAAGUCAGUCAGUACUGCUGGUGUGUGAUGAUCCGAAG